AUGGCAGACGCCGAAUUUCAAAACGCAGCGCCAUGGAAGGAGCCCAGCACGAUACCAACGAAGUAUCUUACACGGAGAUACAGUGCCACGCCAAAAGUCUUGAAUAAGGCAUGCACUAGAUGCCGGAAGCACAAAACGAAAUGCUCUGGCACCAGGCCGCGCUGCAUCGGAUCGCUUGAGAGAGGCGUUACAGAAGAACCAGACCUUGACCACGUUAUUGAACGAUAUUAG